AUGGCGCCCUCCAAGGACCAGCUUAACGAGAUUGCCGCCCAGGCUCAGCUCGACCUCAACACCUACCAGUCCAAGACCGGAGCCGCCCGCCCCACGGGCAACGACGAUGCCGGCGUUUCUUCCGUCGCAGAGCGCAAGUUCCCCGGCGCCUCCGUCAGCGUCCAGGGCGAUCCUACCAACAAUGUCUCCUACAAGCCUGAGCAGCCCGCAAAGGACCCAGCCGUGAACGACGACGACGUCGUACCGGCCAAGAAGAUCUCCUCGCUUGGAACCCAGGACCAGAAGAACGACGUCCUUCUCCAAGGCGAGGGUGCCGUGAGAAACAACGUCGGCACUAAGCCCCCUGGCGUCGGCGGCAACAAGUUCCCCGGCUCGGAUUACUACACCCCCGAGUCUGUCCCAGACAGCAUCUCUGCAGAGGGCAACAUUGCUCCCGAGAGCGUAACGCAGGCCUCUGCUGAGGCUGAGAACCCCAGGUAA